AUGGCAGAAUACGAAAAGAGCCAACGUAGCGACGAAUACUACCACCCCGGCGGGGUGGACGCCGAGCGCGCCGCUGGCGGCAGCAACAGCGACAAGAAGGAGCCCGCCGACGAGGGCAACUACACUGUCGACUCGGCGAGCGACUACAGCGCCAACGAGAAGCGCGAUCUCCAGAAGGGGCUCAGCCAGCGCCACCUGUCCAUGAUUGCCCUUGCUGGCUCCAUCGGUACUGGUCUUUUCCUCUCGCUCGGCGGCUCGAUCGCGACCGGCGGUCCGCUCGGCUCGCUCCUCGCCUACUUUUUCAUUGGCCUCAUCGUCUGCGCGGUGCAGUUCGCGCUCGGAGAAGUGACCGCCCUGGUCCCCGUCACUGGCUCCUUUGUGCGUCACUCUGAGCUGCUCGCGGACCCGGCGCUGGGCUUCGCGCUCGGCUGGAACAUUGUCUACGGUAACUGGCUUUCUGUCCCCUCGGAGAUCUCGGCCAUCUGCGUGCUCAUCGCGUUCUGGAGGCCUGACCUCAACGCUUCCAUCUGGAUCGUCGUCUUCAUCGUCAUCACGGCCAUGGUCGCGUUCGCAAAGGUGCGCUACUUUGGCGAGAUCGAGUUCGGCUUCGCCAUCAUCAAGAUCCUGCUCAUCGUCGGCCUCAUCAUCUUCGGCCUGAUCACGGCGUGCGGCGGCAUCAAGGGCGUCGAGCGCGUCGGCUUCCGUUACUGGAAGCACCCUGGCCCCUUUGUCCCCUACAUUGCUGAGGGGUCGUGGGGCCGCUUCCUCGGCUUCUGGGCCGUGCUCAUCAACGCCAUCUUCUCGUUCUCGGGCGCCGAGUCGGUCGCCAUGGCCGCGGCCGAGACGCGUAACCCCCGCCAGGCGAUCCCCAAGGCCGUCAAGCGUGUGUUCGCGCGUAUCACCAUCUUCUACGUCCUCUCCGUGCUCAUCGUCGGCAUGCUCGUGUCGUCCGACGACCCGCGCAUCCAGGACGACUCGGGAACCGCCGCCACCUCGCCGUUCGUCAUCGCCGCGUCGGCGGCCGGCAUCAAGGCCAUCCCUUCGAUCGUCAACGCCGUGGUCAUCACCUCGGCCUGGUCGGCCUCGAACCAGGCGCUCCUUGCCGGAUCCCGUGUGCUUUACGGUCUCGCCGUCAAGCGCCACGCCCCGCGCAUCUUCCUCCGCACUACGUCCUGGGGUGUCCCGUACGUCGCCGUCUCGACGUUCAUCCUCUUCUCGUUCCUCGCCUUCAUGUCGCUCUCGUCGGGCGCCCUCACCGUCUUCUACUGGUUCAUCAACCUCGUCGGUUGCGGUGUGCUUAUCUCGUGGUCGGCCAUCCUCUUCAACCACCUGCGUCUCCACGCCGCCCUCCGCAAGCAGGGCAUCAGCCCCAAGCGCCUGCCGUGGCACAACGCCUGGACUCCCUACGCGUCCGCCGUUGGCCUCUUCUUCACCAUCCUCCUCCUCCUCACCAACGGCUUCCGCGUCUUCACCAAGGGCAACUGGUCCGCGGCCGGUUUCAUCACCUCGUACCUUGACAUUGGACUCGUCGCUGCCGCCUACACCAUCUGGAAGCUUGUCAAGCGCACCAAGUGGGUCCGUCUCGAGGACAUUCCCCUAGAGAGCAUCCUCCGCGAGAUUGAGCGCAAUCCCGAGGAGCCCGACAACCAAUCCAAGGGAUGGAUCAAGAUCAUCUCGUGGCUCUGGGACUAGUCUGUACACUACUUUACUCUUUCAUGGAUAUAAUUUCUACA